AAAUCUCUGCGCGUCUCUUGCAGGUGGAGCAGUCCAAGGUGGUGCUCAAGGAGGGCGGCGUGCAGCUCACGCUCACCAUAGUGGACACGCCAGGCUUUGGCGACGCGGUGGACAACAGCAGCUGCUGGCAGUCCAUCAUCGACUACAUCGACAGCAAAUGUGAGGACUACCUCAAUGCGGAGGCUCGGGUCAACCGGAGACUCAUGCCUGACAGCCGCGUGCACUGCUGCCUCUACUUCAUCUUCCCUUCCGGCCAUGGGCUGAAGCCCCUGGAUAUUGAGUUCAUGAAGCGACUGCAUGACAAGGUGAACAUCAUCCCGCUCAUCGCCAAGGCGGACUCGCUCACAACCGAGGAGUGCCAGCAGUUCAAGAAGACGAUCAUGAAAGAAAUUGUGGAACACAAAAUCAAAAUCUACGAGUUUCCCGAUGUGGAAGAUGACGACGAGAAGCUGGCCAAGAAAGUGAAGGACAACAUCCCGCUGGCGGUGGUGGGGAGCAACACGGUGCUGGAGGUGAACGGGAAGCGCGUGCGGGGCCGCCAGUACCCGUGGGGCGUCGUGGAAGUGGAGAGUGCGGAUCAUUGCGACUUCACACUCCUGCGCAACAUGCUGAUUAGGACGCACAUGCAGGACCUCAAGGACGUGACCAACAACGUCCACUACGAGAACUUCCGCAGCCGCAAGUUGGCCGCGCUCGCCUGCAACGGCGUCGACAACAACCGCUCCAAGGGGCAGCUCAGCAAAGGGGAAGGCAUUGCAGGAAUGAGCCCCAUGGCCCAGAUGGAGGAGGAGAAGCACGAACACAAACUCCGGAUGCAUAAGAUGGAGAAGGAAAUGGAGCAGGUGUUCCUCAUGAAGGUCAAGGAGAAGCAGCAGAAGCUCAUGGACUCGGAGCAGGAGCUGCAGCGCCGGCACGAGCAGAUGAAACGCAACCUGGAGGCGCAACAUCGCGAGAUGGAGGAGCGGCGGCGCCAGUUUGAGGACGAGAAGAGCACCUGGGAGGCACAGAUCCUCGCCCUGGAGCAGCAGAGAGUUGACACUAAAACGAUCGAGAAGAACAAGAAGAAGGGAAAAAUCUUCUGAGGAGCCCGACGGUCCGAAGCACACUCACAGGGUCACCUGGGUGGCGGCGGUGGUGGUGGCCACGUGAGAUUGGCUUUUUGACCAUUGCUCUGGACAUCGCAACACUCCGUCUGAGAGCAGCACUCCCCCACGUUUCUUUGUUUUAAUAUUCCAGCAUCUGUCUGCCUGUACAAACGGCUUUGUAUCUUCAAUGUGGUCCUCACGUGACUGCGGUUUUUGUGUUUAUUAUUUUUCUUAGUUAACAGCCGACUAGUUUUUACUAGGGUACCGUUCCAAGAAAAUAAAUUUGAGCCUCCGUUUUAACUCGCACGAGAGGGCUCUUUCCGUAUGAUGGUUUAUUUUUCUGCUUUUUUUAAAAUAACCUGUCCUUUGCAAUAAUGAGGGAGGGGGGUGCGGGGGGGAGGAGGGGAAGAAAGAAAAAUAGAAAAAAAAUUGCCUUUAAUUUGUUUACAGUAUUUUACAAUUAUGUACGACGGAGUGUCAAUGACGUCUGUUAAAAUAUGGUAAACGUCCUUCAUCCGACCGCACACUGAACACACGUUGAAUCAAAUUCGGAAACCGUCCAUGAACUGGAAAUGGGAGACAAUAAAAAUUUACAUCUAAGCCAUGAAUUAAAUGUUUUUAAAAGGAAGUCCCCGUUUUGGCGGUCACUGUGCAUUCUAAAUGAAAUUUUAACCAGGGAUAAUCGAUUGUUCAAUUGUACACUUUUUAAAACAACUACAAGCCGUAUAAAAGCUUAUAUAUGUGCUUAGCAAGUAGAACUAUUAACAACCUGCCAAAAAUGUUUUUACUAUUGGGAUCUUUCCAAACGUUGUUUUUUAAUGUUAAGUAAAUAUUUUUGUUAACCCUGUAUGAUAAAAAAAAUAGCAACAGGAUACAAUAGACCAACAACAGCAACAUCAACAAAUAUUCACCACUUGGGGGAUAUUUGCUUAGUGCCACCCACACUGCCCAAAACUCAACAUGCAACAAUACCCAGUACAGUAUUUAACGGUGAACUUUAUUGAAAUGUAAAGUGCUUAACAUGUAUCUCGCUGCAGUCGAUAUUGAAGCUGUAACAAAAGACAUUUAUACAACU